UCUGGGGGUGGGGGAGCACCCUGGAGAAAAUGCAGGCUAGUUAGUGUGGUCUAGUUUCUAAACUGUAGGAAAGCUCCGCACCGCUUCCUCCUUUUCUCUUUCAGCCUAGUUUUGUUUUUUGUUUCCAUGGAAACGACUGCUGCCCUCUGACCCCGCCCGGCAGUCACGUGGAGCCUGUCAUGGCGGCCUCCUGGGCGGCGGGUGGCGGCGUGGGUGUCACCCAGUGCGGGGGUCGUCGUCGGCUGCGGCUGCUCCUCGGGGCUGCCGGAAGGUUCCUGCUUCGGGGGUUCCGUACUGCAGUGGCUUUUCAAGCAGAAGAUGAGAGAUCUGCAGCAGAAGUAGUGAAUGUGGUGUUUGUAGACCGAUCUGGGCAAAGGAUCCCAGUGCAAGGUAGAGUUGGGGAUGAUGUGCUGCGCUUGGCUCAGAGACAUGGCAUUGAGCUAGAAGGUGCCUGUGAAGCUUCCCUAGCUUGCUCCACUUGUCAUGUCUAUGUGAGUUAUGAUGUCGUGGACAAGCUUCCCUCCCCUGAGGAACGAGAGGAGGAUAUGUUGGACAUGGCACCGCUGCUUCGGGAGAACUCUCGCCUGGGCUGCCAGAUUAUUCUCAGCAAAGAAUUGGAAGGAGCAGAAUUCACCCUUCCCAAGAUCACAAGGAACUUUUAUGUGGAUGGGCAUGUCCCCAAACCCCACUGAGUGCAACGGAUCCAAGGGCUGGACCAAUCUUCAAAGUGAGGCUGUUCUGUUAAGCAUGCUUCAGAGAGCAAGACAAGGAUGUGGUUGAAGCAGGCACAAUUCUUUUUUUUAAAAUUGUGCUCUGUGAACAAGAGGAUGAUGCAGAGGAAGGAAUUUUGGAUCAACCAGGGAGCCACUCAUAUGAUUAAGGCCAGAGCUUCUUCUCUCACUACCUCCCAUAAGCCAUUGCUGGGUCAAGCAUAGCCUCGUUCAUGGCUCAAGAAGGAUGCUGGGGAAAAUACCUCCCUCUUACCUAACAACACUUCUCCCACCCCCAAACCAUGCAGGCAGCAAAAUGGGAACUGUUUCAAGGGAAUAAGAAAAGUUCCUGCACAGUAGCUGCACUCUUUUAAGAGAGGUGCAGGGUUCUACACAGUAAAGAUUGGCUGCAUGGAGGGAAGGGACCAGGGGGGGGGUGUGCAAGUUACUCUCUCCAAGCAUUUUGGUUGUAUUCUUUCUCUGCUGUUGUGUUUUCUCUUGUUACACAAGCAGUGUUUUAAUCUACAUUGCAGCCUUCUUGUCCCUCAUCUGCACUUUGACUGUAUAAAAGGACAGUGAAAAUGUC